GCCGGCAGCCAGCCCCGGCGGCAGGAUGCAGAUCUGCGAUUCGUACAGCCAGAAGUACUCCCUGUUCAACGCCAUGAACCGCUUCAUCGGCGCCGUCAAUAACAUGGACCAGACGGUGAUGGUGCCCAGCCUGCUGCGCGACGUGCCGCUGCUGCUGGGCGAGCUGGACGCGACCGGAGCCGUGUGCCCCGAACGGGAGGCCGCUCCCGGCGACGCUUACUUCUCGCGGCGGGACAUGUACAGCCACUACAUGCUGCUCAAGUCCAUCCGCAACGACAUCGAGUGGGGCGUGGUGCAGCAGGCGGCCGGCGACGAGGCGGCCCGCAAGAAGGACAAGCUGGGCGGCGGGCCCGCCGAGGAGGCCGAGGCGGAGGAGGACCUGGAGCAGCAGUUCCACUACCACCUGAGCGGCCUGCACACCGUGCUCUCCAAGCUGACCCGCAAGGCCAACGUGCUCACCAACCGGUACAAGCAGGAGAUCGGUUUCGGCAGCUGGGGGCAGUGAGCGAGGCCGUCGGGAGCGGGGUUCCCUCUUCGGGGCGGCUCCUGGUCGGCGCUCCUCCUGGCCGGAGGGCGUGGAGGCGAAGCGUCGAGGCUCCUCGGCAC